AUGGCCCCUGAGCUGUCAUCAAAUUGGAAGAAGCUCCAGGCACAACUCAAAGCGGCAGGCCCGUCUUCUUCCUCAACUACACCAGCCAAGACGUCUGGAGGUGUCAAGAGAAAAGCAGAAUCUUCAACCUCGGACCAACAACAGUCCAAAAAGAAGAAGAUUGCUUCCAAAACGUCGGGACCAGCUACGCACACCCCAAAGGCCGUAAAAACAAAGAACGGACGCAUGGGUGUUGCACAAAGUUCAAAGGUUGAAGUCGAACCCAAGGUCGGCCCGUCGCCGUCACUCGCUCUCUGGGCCCAAGACAAUGACAUCUCUUCGGAAGCACUGGCUGAGGCCUACGGUCUCGGGCUGAAGAACAAUUCCAUGCUCGGAUCCGAAAAGGAUAAGAUCAACUCUGGUCUCAUAGAAGGAAUCGAGGUGGGCAAGUACAUCGCCAUCGACUGCGAAAUGGUUGGUGUUGGAGAUGGAGGAUACGAGUCCGUCUUGGCUCGUGUGAGCAUCGUUGACUUUCACGGACGCCAAGUAUACGAUUCGUAUGUGAAGCCCCAAGAACGGGUGACGGACUGGCGAAGUGCUGUGAGCGGGAUCCUCCCUAAGCACAUGAGAUUUGCCCGGGACUUCGACGAGGUCCAGAAGGAAGUCGCCGCGCUCCUUAAAGACAGGAUAGUGGUUGCCCACGAUAUCAAGCACGAUCUGGACUGCCUGAAACUCAGUCAUCCGAGUAAAGACAUUCGCGAUACGGCCAAGCACCCUGGGUUUCGGCAGUACGGCAACGGCAGUAAGCCAGCGCUUAGAAGACUUGCAGAGGAGUUGCUCAAGGUCACCAUCCAAGGCGGUGCUCACUCAAGUAUCGAAGAUGCGCGGGUGACGAUGCUCUUGUUCAGGAAACACAAGUCCGCAUUCGACGUGGAUCACGCCAACCGCUUUCCUCGAUUUGGAGGUGCUUCGAUAAGUUCGAAGCCAAAGUCUAACAAGUCCAAGAAAAAGAAAUGA